UUUGCGCAACGCAAAUGAUAAGGAAAGGAAAGGAUAAGAGACAAAAAGAACACAGUGGACCGUGCGCGUAAAAUUCAAUCGGAGUCUCGUAAAAAGUAUGAAACCCGGAAAAGAUUUGCCGUACGCACGAUCUCGUAUAAAACAAAGGGACCUAUUCACGAACUCAUCGUAAACACCUUAUUGAGCCGCUUGCUUUUGCCGUUUCUGUGUAAAAAGCCGUCUUGUUUUUUACCGAAACCUUUUUACAAUAUGUCCGGACAAAAUAGGCUGCCGAAACCGUCGCCUGGUUUAAUGAAACAGGGACCGUUGAAGGCCACUAUACCGAUUUCGUCUGUGAUGAAGCCGAGUAGUAAUUUCAUGUCUGGCAAUAGUAGUACUAUCUCGCCGACUUAUUUCUGGAAGAACAGGGCAUCGCCUGACCAAAACUCUGGACAGAGGAGUCCCGGAUCAGCUGGAUACAAAGGGAAAUCAAAAACCGAACCUGAAGAUACCGGCAGUUCGAUCAGAAGAACUGCUUCCUUAGAUACGAUCUAUCUUCAAGGACAAUGGCCAAAAGAAGGGUAUUAUUACGGGCAUAUGGGUACACUUCACGUGGACAAGGCUGUACAGACUGAUGACUCGGAUCUGUCUGAUUCGAGGAUAGUACAGUGUUCGUCCGAAACUGACGACAAACCGGAGAAACCGACCAUGAGAUCAAAGAUAUGGAAUACCAAAGAUUUAGGGAUUAGGCAUGGCUCUCCAGGCGAGCACACACUCAACAGCAGUUCCCAAACUUUAUCCUCUUGUAUUUUAUCCCCGACCUUCAAUCCCGUGAACAUAGGUUUGAAACCAUUGCCAAAAUCGUCCAUCCGAAGCUCGGUGGAGGGUCUCAACCAAGAAAUCGAAAGGCUGGUCUUGAAGACCGACAGUGAAGCGCACAUCAGCAGAUCCUACGAUCAUGACAGAUACUCCGAGACGAUCCCAGAAGGACACAGAGCCCCAGUGGCGGACCUGUUCAAAUUCGCUUCGAGGUCUAGGUCCGUGGAUACGCAGACGCCUCAGAAUUUCGGACACAGUUCUAACUCAUCAGGAGAGAGCCAAGCCUCUAGUCCGGAUCAAGAAACGAAUAAACUAGGAUCUUCACCACAGAUCAACAGAUUUUUGGCGAGAGAACCACCCGAUGGUUGCGAAAAGGUCCAGUCGAAGUCUCUGAACGACAAAAAGUUUUUUACCGUAGAGCACGUCCCGCAAAUUUGCACAUUCAAGCUGAAACCAAGCUUAGGAUCCGCUUUUCAGAUUUUGCAGCCCACCAAAAGCAGCAGCUCUGAUCAAGAUUUACCAUUAGUGCCCUCUCAAGAGUCUCAGAUCGACGAAUAGAAUCUAUAACUGUUUGAUUUUUAUCUAUUUCUAAAGCGAUGGAUUGCAAACGUUUCGACGGAGUUUUCGAAACGUUUUCUGUCCGAUUUAAAAACGUGUAGAUAAUAUUUAUCUGUUUUACCGGGUUGUUCUGUAAAAUGGCGACAUAUAUACGGGGUUUUAAAAUAAAUAUUUCGUAGGGGAAGACAUGUGAAUUGUAAAUUUAUUUUUCGAUGGUACAAAAAACAGAACAGCCUGGGUUUUUAAGAUUUGGCAACAGUGCAUAGCGCUCUUUUCAUUCGGCCUUCUUUCGGCGUAAAAUUGUAUACGGUUUAACACUUUUGUGAAAACUAUGAUUUUAUUGAUGACUUUCCCCAUUUUGGCGAAAAAUUUCGCCAUUUUUUUAUGCCAUUUCCUUGUGCUUUAUAUGUCUUUAAAUGUACUCAGUGGUGCAGUGACAUGUCUUUGACACCAACUCACAGUAAGCGUUGUGUAUAUCAGUAAAACGGCUUCUGAUAUAUCACGAUAAUGUUCAUUAAGCAUUAAUUUGGAUUCUUUAUUGAUUGUUGAUUGCGAUAAUGCUUCAGAAACGUCAUGUUUUUCAAUUGGUACAAUGCAAUUUCGUUGGUACUCUAUUUAAACUUUAUUUUAUAUCGCUCUGGAAGAAGUAGUUAAGGGACUGCGAAACACACCUACUCUAAAGGAAUCCGAUAAUGUUGCGAAAGCAUUAAUUUUGCUGCCCCAUAGAUUCUACAUGCCUUUUCACAAUCUACAAUAACACAGUCAAAUAAACUAUUAUUCCACUCUAAAAAAAACACUAAUUGCGAUAAUGCUUCACAGUCA